GACUAUUGCGAUGUCUACCUCACGCACGACUCGAUGAGCGUCCGCAAGGCACAUAAUAACGGCCGAAAUCACCUCCGAAAUGUCCAAGCAUACUACGAACAGAUAUCCAGUGAACAGACGCAGCUUGUUAUCAACAGUAUCACCGAUGCGUACAAUGCGGAGGGUCAAGCAAAUCCUAUGACGCAGGGUCCAAUGGGCGCCAUGGGCGGUUUUGGUCCCCCAGGCGGUGGACCUGGAUUCCCGCCGCACGGCUUUCCUCCACCAGGUAUGUACUCCCCAUCUGAAGUGAUUGACACCAGGUGUUAA